CUGAAGGAAGAUUCGUCAGAAUGGAUCACAAGCGCCAGGACGAAGUAGACUUUCGGGGAGAAAAUCUCGCCGUUCAAGAUGCGGCUUCCGACACAUCAGUGAGCGCGCACUCUUAUUCCAGCUCGACGGCCCAUGAUUCUCCCAUCCGCAAUGACCCUUCAGCCCUGUCUGAAAAGCCAACUCCAGAGAGGAGACCCUCUCUGGCACGACAGCUCACCGACGAUGAGAUUGCGCGAGCGCUAACGCAGCGACGGACCGGAUCUGUCCAAGGCGAAUCGGACGAGGAUACCGCUCAGAUUGUGAGGCUGGUCUCUCGCAUGUUCGGACAAGACCGAAAAGCGAACUCAGACGAAGAGAAAACGAGACAUCACGGUGUUGUAUGGAAGAAUUUGACGGUGAAGGGCGUCGGAUUGGGCGCGGCCAUGCAACCUACCAACUCGGACAUUCUUUUCGCUAUCCCCAGGUUUAUCAAACAGCUUUGUACUCACGGCAAUAGGCAUCCGUUGAGAACAAUUCUGGAUGAUUUCACAGGUUGUGUGCGGCCAGGAGAGAUGAUUCUAGUCCUUGGACGGCCAGGUUCUGGAUGCUCGACCUUCUUGAAAGUCAUAGGAAAUCAGCGAUCUGGAUUUAAAAGCGUCGAAGGCGAUGUUCUAUAUGGUGGAACAGAUUCCAAAACAAUGGCCGACAAAUAUCGUUCGGAAGUGCUGUACAACCCCGAGGAUGACCUCCACUACCCUACGUUAACCGUGAGGGAUACUCUCAUGUUUGCUCUGAAAACAAGAACCCCGGACAAAGCGUCGCGAUUACCUGGGGAGACCCCGAAGGAAUAUCAGGAGACGUUCUUAUCGACUAUUGCAAAGCUGUUCUGGAUCGAGCACACACUAGGAACCAAAGUUGGCAACGAAAUGAUCCGUGGGGUCUCUGGCGGCGAGAAGAAGCGUGUUUCCAUAGGGGAAGCUCUGAUAACCAAAGCAAGUACGCAAUGCUGGGAUAACUCUACUAAAGGCUUGGAUGCUAGCACCGCACUCGAAUAUGUCCAGAGUCUACGGAGUUUGACCGACAUGGCAAAUUCGUCCACGUUGGUGGCUUUAUAUCAGGCCUCCGAGAAUCUGUACAAUCUUUUCGAUAAGGUCAUCCUGAUCGAAGAGGGGAAAUGCGCAUACUUCGGGCCUGCCAAAAAUGCGAAGGCCUAUUUCGAACGUUUAGGAUUCGAAUGUCCGCCGCGUUGGACGACACCUGAUUUCCUGACAUCAGUUAGCGAUCCCCAUGCGCGGCGUGUGAAGAAGGGAUGGGAAGAUCGCAUCCCACGAUCUGCUGCGGAAUUCCAAAAGAUAUAUCGCAAAAGUGACAUACACAAAGAAGCAAUUGCCGAUAUGGAGGACUUCGAGCAGGAAAUUGAGUCCCAACAAGAAGACCGCGAGGCGGCCCGAUCCGAUAUGCCGAAGAAGAACUAUACUGUCCCAUUCUACAAGCAAGUCAUGAUUUUGACUCACAGACAGUUCCUGGUUAUGUAUGGCGACAAGCAAUCGCUCGUGGGGAAGUGGAGUAUUCUUACCUUCCAGGCGCUCAUCAUUGGAAGUCUUUUCUAUAACCUUCCGCAAACCAGUGGCGGAGUGUUCACCCGUGGAGGUGUGAUGUUUUUUGUUCUUCUUUUCAACUCACUACUUGCCCUGGCUGAGCUCACUGCGUUAUUUGAAACCCGGCCUGUCAUGCUCAAGCAUAAAAGCUUUUCCUUUUAUCGACCGUCUGCCUACGCCUUGGCUCAAGUAGUCGUCGAUGUACCCUUGAUCUUUGUCCAAGUGACAAUAUUUGACUUGAUCGUCUACUUCAUGUCAAACCUCUCAAGAACAGCAUCUCAGUUUUUCAUUAACUUCUUAUUCAUUUUCAUGCUCACGAUGACCAUGUAUUCGUUCUUUCGGGCAAUUGGUUCUGUAUCUGCCUCGCUUGAUGUUGCUACGCGAGUCACUGGAGUAGCGAUACAAGCACUGGUAGUAUAUACAGGCUAUCUGAUUCCGCCGUGGAAAAUGCACCCGUGGCUGAAGUGGCUCAUUUGGAUCAAUCCGGUUCAAUACGCCUUCGAAGGCAUCAUGGCAAACGAAUUUUAUAACCUGGACAUCCAAUGUCAAGCGCCAAAUAUUGUGCCAGACGGACCCAAUGCAUCACCCGGACGCCAGACCUGUGCGCUACAAGGAAGCGAUACCGACCGGCUGACCGUCCAGGGCUCAAACUACAUCCAAACUGGGUUUACCUACAGUCGCUCUCACCUAUGGCGUAACUUUGGUAUCAUCAUUGCAUGGUUCAUUUUCUUUGUCGUUUUGACAAUGCUUGGAACCGAGCUUCAGAAGCCCAAUAAGGGAGGUAGCGCUGUUACAAUAUUCAAGCGGGGAGAGGCACCUGCGGCGGUUGAGGAAGCUGUCAAGCAAGGGGAACUGCCUGAGGACGUCGAGACAGGAAAGAAAGAGAAUGGCUCCAAUAGUGUUAUGGACAGCAAAGAAUCGGAUGACAAUGAGGGUGAAGUCGAGGGCAUCGCCAAAAGCACAUCCAUCUUCACCUGGCAGAAUGUCAAUUACACCAUACCGUAUCAAGGAGGACAGAGACAACUCUUGCAGGAUGUUCAAGGAUAUGUCAAGCCUGGCCGCCUUACCGCUUUGAUGGGCGCUUCUGGAGCAGGAAAAACCACUCUUUUGAACACGCUGGCGCAACGAAUCAAAUUUGGGGUGGUGAGCGGUUCGUUCCUUGUCGAUGGAAAGCCGCUUCCCAAGAGUUUCCAAAGAGCCACAGGCUUUGCCGAGCAGAUGGAUAUCCACGAGCCUACAGCAACAGUGCGAGAGUCACUUCGGUUUUCCGCACUUCUCCGACAACCCAAAGAAGUACCGCUUCAAGAGAAGUACGACUACUGUGAGCGAAUAUUAGACCUCCUAGAGAUGCGACCAAUUGCUGGCGCAACUGUGGGCGCUGGAGGCGUGGGUCUUAACCAAGAACAGCGUAAACGACUCACGAUUGCGGUGGAACUGGCAAGCAAGCCAGAGCUACUACUCUUUUUGGACGAGCCUACUUCUGGGCUUGAUUCCCUAGCUGCGUUUAAUAUCGUCCGAUUCCUCAGAAGACUUGCCGAUGCCGGACAAGCAAUUCUAUGCACGAUCCACCAGCCAUCAGCAGUGCUGUUCGAACAUUUUGAUGAUCUGAUCCUGCUACAGAGUGGAGGUAGAGUCGUGUAUAACGGUGAGUUGGGAAAUGAUUCGGAAAAGCUGUUGGAAUAUUUUGAGAGCAACGGAGGCAAGAAAUGUCCUCCUCAUGCGAACCCUGCAGAGUACAUGCUUGAAGUCAUUGGAGCCGGGAAUCCCGACUACAAAGGGCAAGACUGGGCCGACGUUUGGGCCAAUUCUCCUCAGGCCAAAGAACGGUCCGAGGAGAUCGACCAGAUCAUCGAAACUCGACGCGACAAGCAAGACACAGGGCGAAAGGAUGACAAUCGGGAAUAUGCCAUGCCAAUCUGGGUCCAGAUAGUCGCUGUUACGAAGCGCUCGUUUGUUGCAUACUGGCGUGCUCCAGAGUAUAAUGCCGGCAAAUUCCUCCUGCAUAUUUUCACCGGACUAUUCAACACGUUCACGUUCUGGCAUCUAGGAAACAGUUACAUUGACAUGCAAUCGCGCUUGUUUUCCAUAUUCAUGACGCUGACAAUCUCGCCUCCUCUCAUUCAGCAACUGCAGCCCAAGUUUCUGCAUUUCAGGAGCUUGUACGAGUCGCGAGAGUCCAAUUCCAAAAUCUACUCCUGGGCAGCCUUCGUCACAAGCGCCAUCCUCCCAGAGCUACCAUACUCCAUCAUCGCCGGAUCCAUCUACUUCAACUGCUGGUACUGGGGCGUCUGGUUCCCCCGGGACUCCUUCUCAUCCGGCUACGUCUGGAUGAUGCUGAUGCUCUUCGAGAUGUUCUACGUCGGCUUCGGUCAAUUCAUCGCGGCCUUCUCACCCAAUGAGCUCUUCGCCUCCCUCCUCGUCCCGUGUUUCUUCACCUUCGUCGUCUCCUUCUGUGGCGUCGUUGUCCCCUACGCGUCCAUGAUCCAUUUCUGGAGAUCCUGGAUGUACUAUCUCAGUCCCUUCACCUACCUCCUGGAGGGCUUCCUCGGCGUCGUGACUCACAAGGUCCCCGUGCGGUGCGUGCCCCGGGAAGAAUCGACAUUCACGCCGCCGCCGGGCUCCAAUUGCCAGGAUUAUGCGGGCUCGUUUGCCCAGCAGGCUGGUGGUUAUGUCCGGGAUAUGGGCAAUGGAAUGUGUGCUUAUUGUCAGGUUUCGGAUGGGGAUAAUUUUGCCUCUGGAUUCAAUGUUUACUACUCGCACAAAUGGCGCGACUAUGGAAUAUUCUGGGCCUUCGUGAUGUUCAACUUCGCCGCUGUGUUCUUCUUCUCGUGGCUUUAUCUCCAUGGCCUCGCAGAUAUGAAGAGAUGGUUUAGUAAGAGGAAGGCGAGGAAGGCGAGGAAGGCGAGGAAGGCGAGGAAGGCGUCUGCUUAG